AUGAGGUUUUGUUUGUCGGCCUUGACUUCGAAAAAACCCAAGAACAGGAUAAAAGACGCGAAGAGCGCGCAAACAAUCGCCAUUCCCUCGCAAUGCACGCAAAGCGUAAGUACAACAAAAGUGUCGCCAACACUGACCGCCAUUUCCGCAGUUCUCAUCUCUCUCGCGCUUCUCUUCCUUCUGGCGGACGUCUGUCGCGCGCAGAGACGGCGCAACCGCAACCGCAACAAAGGCAAAGGAUCCAAUUGUCACCUCAAAGACGUCGACAAGUGUCUCGAGCCGCUCUCUGCGCUCGGAAAACAGGACAACCCGACGGCUAUCAUCGCGACCUCUGACGGCGUCGACCGACUCUGCGGUACAAUCAAAGGCAAGUUCGGCGCAUGCGUUCGCGAGUACUUCAAGAAGUGCGGAACUCCUUUGCAUCGCGAGGUCUCGGGUCUGGUUCUCGACCAAGUGCUCCAUCACACGAAAGACAUGUGUUCGAAGGGACCGAAACGCGAAAAGUUCCUGCGCGCGUCGCCGUGUCUGCACGAGAAGGUGUUGUCCACGCGGGAGGCGAAGGAUGAGUGCAACAAUCGCUAUCUCGCGACUCUGAACGCCGCCGGCGACCGCAACGACUCGCUCACGAGCGUGUGCUGCGGGUAUCGGCAUUGGGAAGACUGCACGCGGCGUUUGGCGCGACAAAAGUGCGGCGAAGACGGCGUCCACGCGCUCGCCUUCAUCGUGUCGCACGCUUUCAUGGACUUCCCGACCCUCACGUGUCCCGAAGGACUCUUCGACGCCGAGUCGGCCGACUGUCGCGCAGUGGUGGCGCCGAAGGGCAAGAAAGUACGUCUGAAUGUCGGAGAGUCGGGAAUCGGCAGAUAUAACGUCGCGAAUAUGUUUUCGUUCAUGUUUUCCGUCUAA